GCCGCUCGGGCCUCCCCGUGCGACAGCGGCGGGGCUGUGCCGCGCCACCGAGGCCCGCGUAACCCUGGCUGUGGUAGAGGCUGGGGGAUCUCCGCGCAUUGCUUCCCCCGUAGCGCCAUGGCGGCCAACGAGGACCAGGAGAUGGAGCUUGAAGCGCUGCGCUCUAUCUACGAGGGAGAUACGUGCUUCAGGGAGCUUAGCCCUGUUUCCUUCCAGUACAGGAUAGGUGAAAGUGGAGAUCCCAAAGCCUUUCUAAUAGAAGUUUCUUGGCCAGAAACAUAUCCUCAGACAGCACCACUCAUAUCGAUGGAUGCUUUCUUCAACAACACAAUAUCUUCAGCUAUUAAACAAAGUAUAUUGGAUAAGUUAAUGGUAGAAGUUGAGGCAAAUCUUGGAACUGCUAUGACAUACACACUUUUUGAAUACGCCAAAGAUAAUAAAGAGGUGUUCAUGGAAAAUCAGCCUGUUAACACCGUGACUUCAGUAAGCAAUAGUAUUGCAAUUGGAACACCUGAUGUGCCAGCAAGUAAGAAAAAGGAUAAAAAGGAGCAGUUAUCCAAAACCCAGAAACGAAAACUAGCUGAUAAAACAGAUAACAAAGGAGAGCUUCCACGAGGAUGGAACUGGGUGGACGUAAUUAAGCAUGUAAGUAUCUUCAAGUUAUCUUUUUGAAUGUUAUAAGAUUUGCAAGAAGUAGUAAGAACUGUUGCUCAGCUUUGAUUAUAAGUUGCAUAUUUCUCAAAUACUUUUAAA